GCAACGACGAGCGACGACUGCUACAACGACCAAGCCAGCAAGCCUCUACACCACUCUCCACCACCACACCUCUCCACCCCUCACACCGGCGCCAUGGCCCUCACUCGCAUCAACCUCGCGCCCAGCGUGCGCACCCUCGCCUCGGGUGUCCCCGCCGCCCGCGUCGCGUUCAACGCCCCCUCGGCCGCGCACCACGGCGAGCACCACGACGUCGCUGGCCCCCGCGCCGACGCCCCCGCCAAGUUUGCCUCGGGCUUCUCGAACGGCAUCUCGGCCAUCCGCACCUCGGCCCGCCCCACCGGCGUCUUCACCGCCCGCCGCAUGCACACCUCGACCAAGGCUCUUGCCGGCAAGCACUCGACUGGCGUCCCCGACUUCUCGGCCUACAAGACGUCAAACGAGGGCGCCAACAAGAACGUCCAGUACUUCAUGGUCGGCGCUCUUGGUGCCCUUGCCGCCUCGGGCGCCAAGUCGACCGUUGUCGACAUUCUUUCCAACAUGGCCGCUUCGGCUGACGUUCUUGCCCUCGCCAAGAUCGAGGUUGAGAUGGGUGCUAUUCCUGAGGGCAAGAACCUCAUUGUCAAGUGGCGUGGAAAGCCCAUCUUCAUCCGCCACCGUACCCCUGACGAGAUUGAGGAGGCGCGCUCGGUCGACGUCAAGUCGCUCCGUGACCCCGAGACGGACGAGCAGCGUACCCAGCGUCCCGAGUGGCUCGUCAUGGUCGGCGUCUGCACCCACCUGGGUUGUGUCCCCAUCGGCGAGGCCGGCGACUACGGAGGCUGGUUCUGCCCGUGCCACGGCUCGCACUACGACAUCUCGGGCCGUAUCCGCAAGGGCCCCGCCCCUCUCAACCUCGAGAUCCCCGAGUACGCAUUCGACGACGACUCGGAGAAGAUUGUCGUCGGUUAAGCGGGAGAGAGCCAGGCCACGACGACGAGCCAGUUAGAUAUAUGCACCAAUAUGGGUGGGCGGGGGAAAAGGCCAGCGAGCGGCGAGUAGGUAUACUCGUUGUAUAGAGCUGGCAGAAUGUGACAACAUCGAGCACGG